AACAGUGAGCUCCACAUGUGGGCCUGCUGCAGAGGGGGCAAGGGGGGCAGAAAGCGACUGCGUUCAAACUAGUCAGGCUCAGGAUCUGUGCAGUUAAGUCCCAGCUAGAAGGGAUUAUUCCUCCAGAGAUGUCCAAUCAGGAGCCACAAAGCUGAGGGCAUUUUAUUUACAAAAAGGAACACGUGGUCUGUUGUUUCCCGCUGAAGGUUGUAUCAUGGAGAUUAUUUCUGCGACUUUUUUCCUCUUUGCCAUCUCUGCGCUCAACACAAGGAGCGUGUCGGAGGUGUGCAGGGGCCCGCGCUGCUAUCCUGCCCAGGACUGGAGUAGAGCGUGCGUCGGCGCGCACUGCCAGGGGCGCACGGACACAUCCGCGCCCCGGCGGCAGCACGCACAGUCCAGGACGGGACCAGCGUAUCCGAGCCACCAGCAGGACGCCCGCUUUAGUCAGCAGCACCGAGCCGAGAGCGCGCCGUUACCCCCCUACACCAUCAUCCACCCCCAACUCGGUGGUGGCUUUACGCAGCAGCAGCAGGCGCGUUCCGAUGGGCCGAGGAGGACCAACCCGAGCACCAUCACGGCGGAGGUGUUUCAUCCGGGCUGCGCCGGAGGGACGUGUCCGUCCACGGUGUCUCAGCGACCCACGAGCGAGGACAGCGCAGCGCGCGAGUGCAAAGGGAUCGGGUGUAAACUACCCACGCGGAUGCGCCAGAAUAAUAAUAAUAAUAAGAAACCGUGCGUCGGAGAGGGUUGCCACGGGCACGCAGGAGACGACGCGAGGGGGGGCUCCUCUCCUCUUCACGUGAUGGACAGGGCCGCGCAGUAUCUGGAUGAGUUCCCGGACGUUGGGUCAGAACGGGGAGCACUGAUCCAGCUGAGCUGUGACAUAAAGCCAGGGUCCAAUGAAGUUCCCUCAGAGGAUGCUCUCGUCCUGCAGCUGCAGCUCUCCAAAAGCCAGGAAAGGCUGGUUGAGGCCCUCCAGGGCCAACAAGACCAGAUCAAAGUGCUGCAGAGUCUCCUCAGUGAGCAACAAGUGGCGCUGGUGAGCCAGCAGAGAGAAAUACUGGAGCAGCAAAACAGGAUGCACGAGCAGAUGGAGCAAGUAAAAGACCAGUAUAAGAUUUUGAUGGACAACAUCAAACAGACAUCUUUCCAGAACCUUCAGGAGGAGCUGGACAGUCACAUGGAAACCAUGACUGGGCAGAUUAGAGCCCACCAAACCCAACAGGCUCUGUCUCUGCACAAAGUGGACAUGGAGGCCAGCGUGAUGGAGGUGGGGCGACCCCAGCUGGCCUGUGGACACUGUGGACCUGAGGAGUACUGUAGUUACAGCAGCAGUCCUCCUCACUGUGAAAAGUGCACAAUCUGUCCCUCCGGUUUCUUCCUAGUGGCCCAGUGUUCAGCCCAUGCAGACAGAAUCUGUCAGGACAGAGAUGAGUGUCUUGAGAUAACUGAUAUGUGUGGUGAUCAGCAGAAGUGUCUGAACACUCCAGGUGGAUUCAGGUGUCAGGGCAUGACCAUACGAGAUGCCAACUCUGGAAUGUGUGGCCAUGGCUACUUCUACAACUUGGACAUGGAGGAGUGUCAGGCCUGUAAUGAGUGUGAUGGAGAACCUGUGGUUUCUCCUUGUACCUUUAUCACAGACACCAUCUGCUCUGGCCCUGCUGCUGAGGCCAGCGAGCUGUCUCUAUCCUGGGCUGGAGAUAUGAGUCUGCAGGUAUCUAAAAGCCACAGACUGGUUCGUGCUUUCUCCAGCGUGCAGCUUUAUAUCCAGGGAGGAGGCGAUGCAAGCCUGGUUUCAGCUGAGAAAGGGCACUUGGUCCUAAAACAACAUGGUCUGAUUUGGCUAGACGGGAGUUUGGCGCUCAGUCACAGCUGCCGCAGCUUCGUCCAGGUGUGUCUACGUAUAAACAACACAGACGGCUCAGAGGGUCGAGACCUGAGCGGUGUGCGAGUGGAACAACAGGAGCGCAAAUCUCUACAGAGCGUCAGCAUAAGUGGAGUGGCAGAAGUUGCCCCGAGUCACAUCAUAUCUCUCUUCCUUCGGAGCGCCACUCACCAAUGCAACCAAAGCAGUGAAGGUCUACAGCUGUCGGACGCCUCGGCAGCACCUCUCAGCCUCCUCUGGCUCUCUCAUGACACGGGGGCGGUUGCGAUGACAGCACAGGCACUGGUUUCAGCACAUUACCACACAAACUAUCGCCCAGCCUUCCACACCACCUCCACCUCUGACCCGUAUGUAAUCGGUCUGACUCACGACAGUCGUGGAAUCCGUUUUGCUGAGAGUGGCACAGUUCGGUUCGUGUUCCAGCAGGCCCUGUAUUCUAUGGGCCAAGCAUGUGUGAGUGAAGGCUUCCAACUCGUGGCACAUCUCAACCAGAAUGGAACCUCGGCGGAGCUGUUUCGCGUCUUCAAACCAGGCGUCCACUACAGGGACACAUCCGUGUCUAUAUCUGGAGCCACCAAAGUCGACCCUGGGGAUGCAAUUGGCUUUGAAAUCCUCUCUCCUGCUCAGUGCAAUGUGCGGUUCUUUGGUGAUGAGUCGGGCAUCAGUUUACUUAGUCUGUUUUGGGUUCCAGCUGCCAUUUCUUCUUUUAUGACUGCUUCUGUGGCCCACACCGGUCUUCCGUCAGGCGCGGUUCGAAACAAGCCCCUGUUCUUCCACCAGACUAGUCCCCAGGUGUCCCAGAUGGGGCUGCUGGGGAAGGGAUCCACAAAUCCAAGCAGAGAUUUUGUCUUCAGGGAGAGUGGCACAGUCAGCGUGGCUCUGGACCUCAAAUUCAUUCACUCCUGUAACCUGGUUAAGGUGACUCUGCUCAUGAGAAGUGACUCCGGGUCAAGAAGAGGCCAUGAAGUGGAGGGGCUGCGGCCUGUCCAUCUAGCCCAGCAGGCAGCCGGCCAAAUGCUUGAGGGUAGCCAGUGGGCUAGCAUGAGUCUUCGAGCAUCCUUUCAAGUUCAUAAUGGUACAGUUGUUUUUUUCCUUCUAGACUGUGUUCGUGGACGAGUCAAUCAGAUUAGCCACCAAUCAGGAAGUGGGGUGUCAGUCUUAUGGGUGGCAGCAUGAUGAAACUAUAACAAAUCUCUGCUGUUUUUAUUCACAAGCUAACCACAACAUCAAAACCAUCCACAAUCAUCUCAGUUCAGUGAAAGGUCCAGUUUUUCAAAUCUAACCUUUAUCUUUUUGUCCAACAAAAAUAUCUAAUUGUUCAGGAACAGUUCAACAGACAGUAAAUCACAGCUCAUUUCAGUCCAAUCUGCUUGAUUUGAUGGCGCAAGAACCAUCUGAGCACUUGACCUGCAAUAUCAAAAGAAUUUGCUAUCAAAGUUCUGGCAACAGACCGCUACAAAGCAAUCCAGACAUUUCCCAAAUGAAACUGGUCAGAACGAUUUUAAGUCUUGCAAAUAAAUAAUGAAGUGUUCUAAAUACCCUGAUUAGCGUAUGGCUGACAUAGUGUUCAAAUAUUAAUGGACUGCAUUCAAACAAGGGUCUAAUUUCAUUGUGUUGUUUUUUUUUUAAGUUACUCUUUUAUAAAUUACAUAAAAAGCCUGCCACACAGAAUGGGUUUUGUGAAUAGAAAGUGUUUUAUAGAUUAAGUGUUGAGUCCACUCAAAAACAUUUAUGAUCUCAAAAGGGCAUGUUUUGAAAGGUUUGAGAGUGAAAAAUCUUGACAUCAUUUUUUGUGUUUUCAUCUAGAAAUAAAAAAACAAACUUUUAAAACCAA